AUGGUGAAUGAAACUCCAGCUGGUUUCUUUUCGAGCUCAAAAGGGUUGCAGCAAGGGGACCCCCUGUCCCCUUACCUUUUUGUCAUGGGGAUGGAAGUGUUGAGCGUCCUUAUCAGAAGGGCUAUGGAGGGGGGCUUUAUCUCAGGGUGUAAAUUUCAACGUGAUAGAGGGCGGGCUGCCCAUGUUGCUCAUCUGCUCUUUGCCGAUGAUACUAUCGUCUUUUGUGAGGCUAAGAAGGAGUACUUAACGAACUUGAGUUGGAUUUUGUUCUGGUUUGAAGCCGCGUCCAGGUUAAAAAUUAAUUUGGCUAAAAAUGAGAUUAUUCCAGUAGGGGAGGUGCAAGGGAUAAAGGAGCUGGUUGUGGAGUUAGGGUGUAGGGUGGGGCAGCCGCCGACUGUGUAUUUGGGAUGGGGUAGAAGAGAAUAUGAAAAUGAGGCUUGCCCUUUGGAAGAGCCAAUAUAUUUCAAAGGGCGGGAGAAUCACUCUAAUCAAGAGCACAAUGGUUAG